UCCUCCCCCUACGCCGCCGCCCUCCCUUCCUCGCGCGGCUCCGGAGCUCAGCUCAGCGCAGCGCAGCGCGGCGCAGCUCCGCAGCCUCCAAGUCGAGACCGGCAAGGUCUCCCGGUUGCCAGCGCCGGCUCCGAGCUCCCGCUCCUCGCCCAGGCUCCGCCGGGUCUCGCUUCUACGGGGACCCUCGGGCAGGCGUCGCGUGGCGAGGGCCGGCGGCAGCCGCACAAAGUUGAGCGCCCGCGAGGAUGAGGCUGGCCCCAGCGCCCCUGAGGCUAAGUUGGAGUCCAGCGCUGCUGGCCCUGGCGCUGCCCCUGGCCGCGGCGCUGGCCUUCGACGAGACCCUGGACAAAGUGCCCAAGUCGGAGGGCUACUGCAGCCGCAUCCUGCGCGCCCAGGGCACGCGGCGCGAGGGCUACACCGAGUUCAGCCUCCGCGUGGAGGGCGACCCGGACUUCUACAAGCCGGGAACCAGCUACCGAGUAACGCUUUCAGCUGCCCCUCCCUCCUACUUCAGAGGAUUCACAUUAAUUGCCCUCAAAGAGAACAGAGAGGGAGAUAAGGAAGAAGACCACGCUGGGACCUUCCAGAUCAUAGAUGAAGAAGAAACACAGUUUAUGAGUAACUGCCCCGUUGCGGUCACGGAAAGCACCCCACGGAGGAGGACACGGAUUCAGGUGUUCUGGAUAGCGCCCCCAGCAGGAACAGGCUGUGUGAUUCUCAAGGCCAGCAUCGUACAGAAACGCAUCAUUUAUUUCCAAGAUGAGGGCUCUCUGACCAAGAAGCUUUGUGAACAAGAUUCCAUGUUUGACGGGGUAACUGACAAACCCAUCUUAGACUGCUGUGCCUGUGGAACUGCCAAGUACAGACUCACAUUUUAUGGGAAUUGGUCCGAGAAGACGCACCCAAAGGAUUACCCUCGUCGGGCCAAUCACUGGUCUGCAAUCAUUGGUGGAUCCCACUCCAAGAACUAUGUGCUGUGGGAAUACGGAGGCUACGCCAGCGAAGGUGAACAGGUUGCAGAAUUGGGCUCACCUGUGAAAAUGGAAGAAGAAAUUCGGCAACAGAGUGAUGAGGUCCUCACUGUCAUCAAAGCCAAAGCGCAGUGGCCAGCCUGGCAGCCUCUCAACGUGAGAGCUGCACCCUCGGCCGAGUUCUCUGUGGACAGGACACGCCAUUUGAUGUCCUUCCUGACCAUGAUGGGCCCCAGCCCCGACUGGAACGUGGGCCUGUCUGCAGAGGAUCUGUGCACCAAGGAGUGCGGCUGGGUCCAGAAGGUGGUGCAGGACCUGAUCCCCUGGGACGCGGGCACUGACAGCGGGGUGACCUAUGAGUCACCCAACAAGCCCACAAUUCCCCAGGAGAAAAUCCGGCCCUUGACCAGUCUGGACCAUCCUCAGAGUCCUUUUUAUGAUCCAGAGGGCGGGUCCAUCACUCAAGUGGCCAGAGUUGUCAUCGAGAGAAUCGCCCGGAAGGGGGAACAAUGCAACAUUGUGCCUGAUAAUGUCGAUGAUAUUGUAGCAGAUUUGGCUCCAGAAGAGAAAGAUGAAGAUGACACCCCUGAAACCUGCAUCUACUCCAACUGGUCCCCGUGGUCCGCCUGCAGCUCCUCCACCUGCGACAAAGGCAAGAGGAUGCGGCAGCGCAUGCUGAAGGCGCAGCUGGACCUCAGUGUCCCCUGCCCGGAUACCCAGGACUUCCAGCCCUGCAUGGGCCCGGGCUGCAGUGAUGAAGAGGGCUCCACCUGCACCAUGUCCGAGUGGAUCACCUGGUCACCCUGCAGCAUCUCCUGCGGCAUGGGCAUGCGGUCCCGGGAGCGGUAUGUGAAGCAGUUCCCGGAGGACGGCUCUGUGUGCACGCUGCCCACCGAGGAGACGGAGAAGUGCACAGUCAACGAGGAAUGCUCUCCCGGCAGCUGCCUGAUGACCGAGUGGGGCGAGUGGGAUGAGUGCAGCGCUACCUGCGGGAUGGGCAUGAAGAAGCGGCACCGCAUGGUCAAGAUGAGCCCGGCGGACGGCUCCGUGUGCAAGGCCGAGACAUCCCAGGCGGAGAAGUGCAUGAUGCCCGAGUGUCAUACCAUCCCGUGCUUGCUGUCCCCGUGGUCUGAGUGGAGUGACUGCAGCGUGACCUGCGGGAAGGGCAUGCGGACCCGCCAGCGGAUGCUCAAGUCUCUGGCCGAACUCGGGGACUGCAAUGAGGAGCUGGAGCAGGUGGAAAAGUGCAUGCUGCCCGAAUGCCCCAUCGACUGCGAGCUCACCGAGUGGUCCCAAUGGUCAGAAUGUAACAAGUCCUGUGGGAAAGGCCACAUGAUUCGAACCCGGAUGAUCCAAAUGGAGCCUCAGUUUGGAGGUGCACCCUGCCCAGAGACUGUACAGCGGAAAAAGUGCCGCGUCCGGAAAUGCCUGAAAAAUCCUUCCAUCCAGAAGCUGCGCUGGAGGGAGGCCCGAGAGAGCCGGAGGAGUGAGCAGCUGCGGGAGGAGUCCGAUGGCGAGCCGUUUCCAGGCUGCAGGAUGCGCCCGUGGACAGCCUGGUCAGAAUGCACUAAACUGUGUGGCGGCGGCAUCCAGGAACGCUACAUGACCGUCAAGAAGAGGUUCAAAAGCUCCCAGUUUAGCAGCUGCAAGGACAAGAAGGAGAUCAGAGCGUGCAAUGUGCACCCUUGUUAGCCAGGGUGUAAGUGGUCCAGGGCCGCACCCUAGAUUCGUACAGUUGCCAAUGGCUGGAGUGUCUGUCUGCUUGUUGUUUAAGGCAAUUUAAAUUGUAUAUGCUAGUGUUCAUUUCUGCAGUCCGGUUCACCCAGUAGUCUUGUGGAGGCCGGGGCCAUCCUUUCUGUCCACAGCUUGGUAGGCACAGGCUGCAUGGGGCACCCUCCUCCAGCACAGAAGUGAGAAGUGCCAGCCCCCCGUCCUAGACGGAAAUGUGUCCCACCUGGGGGGCACACAGAAGCCUGGCCUCCUCCACAGGGAGGCAGCUGGGGCUGGAAGGGACUCCCAGAGGAAGCUGUCCUGCUGAGACGGAGAGCACAGAUGCCUCUCAUUCUUGCCUUCGGCCUGCUUGCUCAUGUAGGAACCUCCUGUCUGCCCGUGUCCUUUCAUUUAGUGGAACUUUAGCUCCUUUGUUGAGUCUCCUUGUGGGGAAAACAGCUGGUAGACAUGAAGAGCACUGAUAGAGGGUGGCUUUUCUUCCAGAAAUUCUGAAGUUCUGAAUACAUUUAUCUCCCCUUCUAAUGUUGGUUCCUGAUAUCCCAGAGAAAGGAAAUGAUGGCUGCUUUACUGGAAUGUAAGGUCGCCAGUUAUUACACCUGAGGUAAAAGGUACUAAGUCUAGAAAGUAUUUUUCCCUAGCUUUCUUCUUCUGUGUGUCACAAUUCUCCCGGGAAGCCAGCCUUCUAAACCUUCUGACCUCAUCCUUACUAGAAACAAGGGAGCAAAACUGGCCUCCCUAGCAGUCCCCAGCCUGAGCUUUUAAUAUCUUCGGACACACACCUAGCCUUUUUUUUAGUUAACAGUGUCUGCCCUCAUCCCACCAAGCCACUGUUUGAACAAAAAUACUAUCUAUACUUUGAAGAGUUUGUUUUAAGCCUAAAGUUUUAGAUGUAGAAAGAUAAAGUAUUUCAGAAACCAAGCAAGACAGAAAUUGAGGGAGAAAGGAAUAGUACAGAAUUGGGCUGGGUAGGAAAAUCUGGGGAAAGCCAAACUUUACCUGGGCUUUCCACACCAGGGCUCUGGUCCUCCAAGGCCAUGGUUUUCCCUUCUGAGCACGCAUCAGCAUCAAAUUCAGGGAUUCUCACUAUCAACAAUUCGUGUAAGAAGACAUUUUUACUGAGCUGAGUACAGCAGCUGUUUUUAUUCAUUCGUUUAUUGUUAAAACUUUCAUUUCUGUUGCAGGUUUAUCAUUACGCUUAGUCCAAAUAUGUACCAUGGAUGAGAUGCAUUCAGUGUCUUGAGUACAUUACUUUAAGAAUUUGCAUUAAACACAUCAGGAUAUUUCCAAACACUACAUAUAUAUGAUAUAGCCCUGAAUCUUCAAUAAAAAAACUCAUUUGGGUC